GUAGAAGUCCUAUCUCAAGCACCACCACUACAGAUCACUUUAACAUUUGACGUAGACUACCUUGCCGUCUCCCGUCUUGACUGGGAGAGACUGCGCAAGAUCCUCGCGCCGACCUUGAUGGUGGACUACAGCAUCGUCGGUCACGAGUGCUUUCCAGAUAUGGACUCCGAGGCAUUUAUUUCAUUGACAAGCGCUCCCGAAUUCCUCGGAGAUCCACUUGUUCGCACUCAGCAUCUCAUUGGUGCUGUAAAAUACGAGUCGGUCUCUGAUUCCGAGAUUAUCGCGACUCAUCAAAUUCGGGCAGCUCAUCAGCGUUACAAAGACUCUGAUUUAACCACGGUGGAAUAUAAAGGGCAUGGCCAUUCGAUCGUUAAACAUUGGUACAAGAAGUUCAAUGGUGUCUGGAAGCUUGCUGGAGUGCGUCCUGAAAUCUAUUGGAACGAGUUUGACUUUGAGAAGAUAUUUCCUCUAUUGUCUGCGGCGCAUUGA